GACUACGAGCCUGCUUGGGCCGACGUCCGCUCCAAGAUCGCCAGCGCGGACUCUGUCGACGAGGCUUGGAAGAACGUCAUCAGGCUGAUUGAGACGGUCCUGAUCGAUCGGUGCGGCCUUGGCGAGCAGGGCAGCAAGUGCCGCGGCAGGGAGGAGACGCCCACGUUGCAGUGGGUGUUCGCCAGCAAGCCCAACCUUCCCAGGCACCCCAAGUUGGACACUAGCACGCAGUGGAUCUCCCAGCGGGUGUUCGAGGCUCUGCUCCAGGACGCCGCCCCGCACCGACGGACCAUGGCCGACCAGCAGCGGAUCGACGCGUACAAGGCGCUGUCUCUCAUCGAAAGCGUCUUCGACGCCGUCGACGUGCCGUCGGCAGGGUGCCUCGCGGAGCUCGUCAGCGUCAUUUCCAAGAAGCACAUCGAGCACGCCAUGAGACUGGCGAGUCAGCGCUUUGGAAAUUGGAUCGACCAGCAGCACGCGCUGGGCGGCAAGGAGUUGCAUGCCUUCACGCGCGAGCGCAUGCCCAGGCACCCUCGCCCGCCGGCCGCCGACGCGCCCGACGGCGAGGACGGGCCGCCGCUGCCAGUCCCUGCCGACCAGCAGACCUGCGCCGAGCUGCUCGUCAAUGAGUGGACGCUUUACUGGAACGUCGGCGCCCACGUGGCGCCGCUGCAGUGGCCCGCCGACCUUGGCGAGCGGCCGCCGCGGCCAACCGUCAAACGCGCGCGCGAGGUCUUUCGCAGCUUCGCCGCCAGCACAGGCGCGUGCUUCGACGCGUUCCGCCCCCGCGACUUCGAC